AUGGUCAAUGUUGCUAUUGCGGGCGCGACAGGUGCUGUCGGGCGUACCCUGCUGGAGGUGAUGGCUUCCCAGACCCGCCAUCGGCCAUUCGCCCUCACACGAAGUGUAAUCAAUUAUGAAGAUAUCAAUUCACUCAAGUUAUUCCUGGAAGAACACAACAUCCACACGGUCAUCAGCGCCUUUGGCAUCAACGCUACCUCUCUCGCAGAGUCGCAACUAAAUCUCAUCAAAGCUGCUGAAGCGUCUUCAGUAACAAAGAGAUUUAUUCCUAGCUCUUUUGCAAUUCCUUAUCCCGAAGAUGACGUCUCUGUUCUUCCGCCUCUCGAACACUACUUUGCCUCUUUCAAGGCCCUCGAAAAUAGUAACCUCGAAUGGGCCCCUGUCUAUAACGGCACUUUUCUGGAAUACAUCGCACCGCCAACACUGAAGUCAUACCAUCCCCACAGUGUGCUGGUGCUUGAUGUGGAGAACAACAAGGCAGCCAUUCCAGGGGAUGGCAAUAUGCUAGUUACUUUCACAUACACUUUCGACAUUGUGCGCUUCGUUGUUGCUGCCUUGGACCUCGAAGAGUGGCCACGGGAGCUUCGCAUUGUCGGUGACGAAAUGACAUUCAAUGAGUUGUUGAAGCUUGCCGAGGAGGUAAAGGGGGUGAAGUUUGACGUCACCAAGCUCAAGGCAUCAAAAAUUACCGAAUUACCCGGUCAUGUCAAAUCGUACAGCAAGUUUCCCAAAGACAGACUUCAGUGGUUCUUGGCCAUCGUUGAGACUUGGAUGACUACGGGUCAGGCGCGGAUUUCUAGGCAGGGGAGUUUGAACGAAAUGUUCCCGGAAAUCAAGCCUUUAACUGCUAGGCAGAUGAUGGAACAAUAUUGGAAGGCUGGCCUCAAGUGA